CUAAGAGCAGCUGCUUUGUGGCCCUUAGCAAGAGAGCAGGAUGGGUGUUGUAGGACAGUCUAGGACUGCAUUUGGAGCUAUGCUCUUCUUGGGGUUUCUUGGUCUCCUGGCUUUGGUUAUGGGAGCUCAGGGUGGUGGUUUUUCUGAUCCCAGUCUGCUGGCUUGUGGUCAAGAAAGCAUGCAGCUCACCUUAUCUCCAGGCUGGGAAGGGAAUGCUACCUUUAUGUUGACUGCUUGGGAUAUUGAGGGGAAGGCACAUGCUUUGCAGAAUGACUCGGAGUGUGGGCUCUUGGUAUUUGGGACUUCAGAUGGCUCCCGGACAGUAAUGGUCUCCUAUACUGGCUGUUAUGUCUUUGAAUGGGAUGGCCAUUAUCUCAUGCUGGUCGGGCUUGAAGAAACUGAUGCUGCUGGACAAAAAGUUCUUCAUGAAGAGAAGCUGCUCAGGUGCCCUGUGGACCUUCCUGCCCUGGAUGCUCCAAGCAGCAGUGUCUGCUCUGCUGUACUCAGCCAAGACCGACUGCUGUGUGCCUCCUCGCCUGUCAGCCAAGGAGACUGUGAAGUGCGAGGCUGCUGCUAUGACCCUAGGGAUAGGGUGAUGCCUUGUUACUUUGGUAACACAGUGACGGCUCGUUGCACACCAGAUGGCCAUUUUUCCAUUGCUGUCUCUCGGGAUGCGACCCUGCCACCUGUUAUCCUGAACUCUGUGCAACUGGCCAGUGGACACAGUACUGGCUGUGUGCCUGUUGUGAAAAACAAUGCAUUUGUUGUGUACCACUUCCCGCUCCCUGCCUGUGGCACCACUUUUCAGGUGACUGGAGACCAGGUCAUAUAUGAGAAUGUGUUGGUGGCAUCCAGGGAUGUGAAGACCGGGAGGCUUGGCUCUGUCACUAGGGAUAGCACUUUCAGGUUACAUGUCCGCUGUAGUUACUCCACCAUUGGGAGCUUCAUUCCCUUGAGUGUUCAAGUCUUCACAUUGCCACCACUCCUUGCUGUGUCCCAGCCAGGUCCUCUGUCCUUGGAGCUGCGUGUUGCCUCAGAUGGAAGCUAUACUUCCUAUGAUGCUGACAGUGACUAUCAAUUGAUGAGGUGA